AGUUAGGCGUUUUUGUAGCUAAUGACCUCUCUUCGGAUUAUGCGGUGUGGAAGUUGGAGGAUAUUGAAUACAAGUGUGUGUGCCUACCGAACGGGAUAAAUUCGUAUGCUGUGUUUCCUCUCCUACACACCUACAAGAAAGGAUCCACAGAGAAGUAGCUGCAUUCCGAGUGUUGCUUUUGUACAUAUGAUUACAAGGAAGGAAGAUGUUCAGCAUUGUACAUUUUGAUGAGAGGGACGAAGUUUCUGUUGUUCCAUCAACCUGGCUAAUGGGAAGAAACAAAGUUUUAUGGCCACCUUACAAGAACUCCAAGAAAGUAGCCGUCGCAAUUAAAGCAUGCGAAAAUCCAUCAAGCAAUUGGUCACAGCACAACUGCCGGGUACUUUAUGAAUGUGACACAUAUGAAACAGCAAGGCAGAAAGAGCAAAAAGCUGCCAUGACAUCAGAUUUGACAACUGAUGAUGACAUGUGUGAACCAAAAAGGAAGCGGUGGCGCCCACAGCGAUUUGAGUCCUCUGAUGAGGAGAGCGCAUCAAUCAUGGGGGAUUCUUCUUGUUUUGUAAACAAGCCAGAAGUGCCUGUUUCACGUUCGCAGGCAACACCACAGUGUAUUCGUCGCCCAAGGCCUCUCUGCUUGUCCGCUUCCCGCGUGCAAGGAGCAGUUUCAACCUCAGAGCCAUCGCCAAAAUCUUCUACUGUGUCUGCUGAAUCCCAGCAACAAGAAAUACAGAAGUCACGAAAAUCCACACCAGAGGAAAAAACAUUAAAAAUGUUGAAGGGAAUCAAAAUGCAGCUCUCAUCUCAAGCAGCGCUCUUGGAGAGACUCGAGAAGGCCAUCCUAACGUCUACCCCAACUGGGGCACCAGACCCACCACAAAAUGACAUCUUAGAGCAGCUCCCCUUAUCAGCUGUGGAGUGCCUAGAGAAGCUUGAAAGUGACCUGCACAACCCAAAGAACAGAACUGACCUUGGGUUAUACCUUUCAAGAAUUGGUGGAUCGUCGCCCCAGGACUGUUUACGGCACAUUAUGCGUCGCUGCAUGAAUGACAGCUUCGCUCAAGGGUUCUGCCUCACCGGCAGAAAAGGAAAACGCCCAUUUCUCGGACUGCGGCUGUUGGAAGUCAUUUAUGGUGCUGUGCGGAAAAGCUAUCCAGAAGUGACUGAUGCAACAUUACAAUCGUGCGUGGCAGACUGGCUCAGGUAUGCCCCUUCAAGGGUUAAGAAGAGCUGAUUGUCUCGUAAGAUACCGCCUCUCACAUAUAAUUCUUCUAUGAGACCAUAUACUUUCACUAAAGAGAUGUCUGUUUCUGUUGCAGGAACUUCACUGCAUGAAGUACAAAGCGUGUAAAGUUACUGUGAAGCAUAUAAAUUUUUUAUAUUAAAAAUAAAGUAUUGAACACCA